UUAGGGCACCCAUUUCUCUGAGAAAGCAUUCUGAUAUAGACACUCCCCAUGGCUUGCCUACUUUUUUACUUCUCCUUUCUCCUACUCCCAUUCAUCCCUCUGAUUUCAUCAGAUAAUAUCCUGUCCUCCUAUGUGGCCCUCAGGGAGACUGUGGAACUCUCAUGCCCUGAACCACCCACCUUGUAUGGAGAUGAGAUGUUAUCAUGGUUCCGAAGCCCAGUGUCUGGAUCCCCUACCAUCCCAGUCAUCCGUGUCCCUGUGACCAACAGAGGUCCCGAAGCUAGGAAGAUCUUGAAGGAAGUCAGGCUAAGUCUGCUGGGGAAUAAUUCCUUAUGGCUAGAAGGGGCUAAGGAAGAAGAUGCAGGACGGUACUGGUGCGCUGUGCUUGGCGACUAUGCCCAGUAUCAGAAUUGGAGGGUGUAUGACCUCUCUGUGAUCAAAGGCUCCCAGCUAUCAGCAAAGACUACAGAUGGUUCUCUCUGUUCAAUCCUGGUAUGUUCGGUAGUCUCAGCAAGAUUCCUGGACUCUGUGAUUUGGCUGGAAGGGAAAGGGAAAGUCAAGGGGAAGGUGGAGACUUUCAAAGGAAAGGAUGCCUCCCUUCUCAUGGUGUGUCCUCUGGAGGGGCCCUCAGAGUCUCGUAUGCGAAGGGCCAGGAGCAUCCGUUGUAUUUUCCCCCAGAAUAAGGGCAUCAGUUUCAACUUGACAGCCUCCCCAGAUUCCCUUCCUGCCCACUGUGUGGUCUCCCCGACUUGGGAUAUCCAAAAGAUCCUGUUGCUGCUUUGUGUUCUGGGGCAGGGGGUUGCCAUCUUGGCCCUGGGAAUAGUUCUCUGGAGACGUUGGAACCAGUACAGAGAUGGCGCUACUCAUUUCAAGCCAGAAACCCAAAUUUAUGAAAAUAUCCACUUGUCUAUCCCCAGCCCACCUGCCCCCAGGACCAUGUGAUAUCGAUGAGAAGGGAUCUGGAGGUCUCCUUGGAAACCCAAGAUGAAAGGAAGCCCUGUUACCUCAUCAAAAACAUGGGGGCUUGAGAGAUUGUACAAUCAACCUUCUUGUCUCCUCUGGAGAGAGCUGUUGAAGGGAGGGAAGAGAGGGAAAAGGAUCUGUUCCACAAAUGAAAUGAUGUUGUCAUUUAUCUCUUAGUGUACAUCCAAGCCAGUCUCAACAUGUUGGGGAAUGCCAUGCAGUGGUUACCUGGGAAGGGGGUGGCACAUAAUGCAGCAGUCAGUAGGUGAUAUUAAAGGACAGAAAGAAGGAGACUAUGGAGCAAAGGGAAGAAUAAAACUGAAGGAAAGAAAGGGGCUAAGAGAAGAACUGAAGAAAUUAAGGAAACUGAGAGAGGGAAACUAAUGGGCAGAUUGAAAAGAAAAACUUAAAGGUGGACACAUCUCCCAUUGUCUCAUCUUCCAAAAGUGAAUUAUGAGAGAAAGCAAAAUUAUCAGGGACCUGCUAAUCUCCUAAUAUUAUAUAUCUAGAGAGAAGUAGAAGAACAACUGUCAUUUUAUGAGAAGGACGAAUGAAUUCAAGCCAUAGAGAUCUUUAGCAAGAAAAAUCCCACCAGUCUCGUCCACAAUCUCAUUUUCUACAUACUCAAAUACACAAAAAUAUACAUACAUAAACAUAUACCUACAUGUAAACAUCACUUUAAUUUUCCCAGAAAGAAAAGUCCAAAUCACAGUUUCUAGAACUGGUAUUAUCCAGACCCUCUCCAUUGCCCAUGAAUCUCCCAGUCUCCUAUCAUGUGUCCUCACUCUUCUUGCCACCACAUCUCUUGAGGACUUGUGGACCCAGGGAUUGGAUGCUGUGGUCACUCUUUUAAACAUUCAGGCUUGAGAGGACAAUUUAUCCCCUUCCCCCUAGGACUUUAAGGGCUAUAGGGAUAGUUGGCCACUUGUCAGCAUUGAGGUUAGCCCAGGCUCCUAAGACAUUAUCCCCACCCUGCUGGCUCCCUUUCCAAAGACAACUCCCUCAUAUUUCUUUUCCCCUCCUCCUUCAAUGGAAAAACUUGGACUGGAAGUUUGGGGUAGGGUGUGGGGAGUGUGAUAUCCACCUUCUCUAUCCCCUGAGGACCUUUAGAAAAGAAGAUAUGUGUAGAAAGUGAAACUCCCCCUAUCUCAAGAUCUCACACCUUGGAAAAGCUCUAAUUGCUUUGAUUUAAAUUCUGUCCUGAGAGAGAAGGGGAGGAAGAUACUCAAUGACUGGAUCUUGCCCCCCUCACCAUUUGGGGUCCACAGUUUAGGACUUUAGGGUCUUUUAUGGGUCUCUGUAUUCCUUGACUUUCAGUAUACUUUCCCAUACUCCUUCCUAUUCAAUUUAGAAGGAAAUAAAUUCUAGUGUUUAGCAUACAUGUCAUAUACAGGAGAAAUA